GUUCCGGUCCGACAGCACGGGAACUUCUCCGGGUUCAGACGCGGAAACAACAGCGAGGAUCGAGGCAGGUUUUACUCCCAGAAAGCCUCAAACAGAUGAAGACCAGGACCGAGAGCUCCGGGUGAUCAGACUGCAGCUCACAGACCUCAGGGAUGGGGAACAGCAACAGUGACCGGUCCAGUGGGGGUCAGGGGGACCGGAAGGAGGCCCGACCCAACAUCCUGAUGGACAGCACAGAGGACACAGACCUCUUCCGGGGAGACGACCCAAAGGCUCCGCAGGAAAUACAGGAGUUUCUGGCCUGGCAGCAGGACCUGGAGAGCGACAGCAAGAGUCCAACGCAGGCCGCCAGACCCACAGUGUUCAGGUGGCCCGGCGCCGCCAAAGAGGUCUUCGUGUCCGGGUCCUUUAACAACUGGGCCACCAAGAUCCCGCUCAACAGAAGUCAGAAGAACUUUGUGGCCAUAGUGGACCUGCCGGAGGGGGAGCACCAGUACAAGUUCUGUGUGGACGGUUUGUGGACUUUGGAUCCUGCUGGGGCCGUGAUGACGUCAAAGACGGGAACGAUCAAUAACGUCAUCCAGGUGAAGAGAACUGACUUCGAGGUGUUUGAUGCCCUCAGGAUCGACUCGGAGGAUUCUGCUGACCUCUCAGACUUGUCCAGUUCCCCCCCCGGUCCGUACCUACAGGACGCAUACGUCAUCAAACCAGAGGACAAGAUCAAACAUCCUCCUUAUUUACCUCCUCACCUGCUGCAGGUGCUGCUCAACAAGGACACCGGUGUGUCUUGCGACCCGACGCUGCUUCCAGAGCCCAACCAUGUGAUGCUCAAUCACCUGUACGCCCUCUCCAUCAAGGACGGCGUGAUGGUUCUCAGCGCAACUCACCGAUACAAAAAGAAGUAUGUGACCACUCUCCUCUACAAGCCAAUAUAACCACCGGAGCCACGACUCUUAUUCUGAAAUAACAAUAAUAAUAAUAAUAAUCAUCAGUUUGCUGCUUUAAUUGUUAAAACUGGACCUAAAAAUCUGUUUUUUACCCUCCUGUAACUUUUAAUUUUGUAAAUGUUAAACUUUCUGUUUGUUUUUAUACUUUAACCUGAUUCGUCGUCAGACUUUUAGUUGAUAACUCCUCGUUAACCUUUGACCUUUAUAACGGUUGAGUUUAAACUGAAGCUUUUGUUUUUGCUCCCAUUUUUCAAAAUAAAAGGCCUUUUAUUGUGUAGUCGAGGCACAGCUGGGCAUUGAUCAUGUUGUUUGAUCAGCGAUUGAUAUUUUACAUCUGUCAGGUUUAAACACUAAACCGCAAUGCUAACGGAGGCUAAUGCUAACAGACUGAAGCUAAUGCUAACAGAGGCUAAUGCUAACAGACACGAGGACGCAGGUUGAAGUUCAACGAGAAGUUUCUCACAUUUUAUUUCAAAUAUUCCUUUUUUUUUGUUUUUUUUACAAAAUCAAACCUGUUUAUUAAUAAUCAAGUUUUCUUUAUUAUAAAGGAAUUAAAUUUUAAAGAAAUUUG